AUGACGGCCGAUCGCGGAGCUCGAGGCCUUGUCGCUAUAACAGGCGCAAACGGAACAAUAGGCUAUGCCUGUGUGGUCUACGCGCUGCAGACUGGCUAUCGAGUGCGGUGCAUUGUGCGCCGCGCCUCCGCCGUCGAAACGAUCAAAACCGGGCCCUCCGUGCAGCCCUACCUCGACCUAAUCGAAUACGUCGCCGUGCCAGACAAUGCGGUCGAGGGAGCAUACGAUGAAGCUGUUGCGGGUGUCGACUAUGUUGUGCACAUAGCAGGAGCAUGGCCGAUGCUCCAUCUGGAUCCUGACAACGACAUCUACCAUCCAUAUAUCAGGUCGACGACGGGCUUGAUAGAAGCAGGGCGCAAGUCUGGCACAGUGAAGAGGAUGGUAUUCACGCAGGCUGGAGCGGGGCUUGUUGACUCUGAAGACGGCGAUACACUGGGUACGCGUAUGGAACGCGUCUUGAACGAGGCAGUUCAGGUCUCGCAAACAUCCCUCGCAUACCGACCCCCUCUCAAAUCCCCUCACAACGCCUACUGCUCCGCAAAAGCCCAAUGUAUGACCUACCUCGCUGAUCUCCAAGCUUCCCACGAGCUCCCCUUCUCUAUCGCGCAAAUCAUACCCGGUACCGUUAUUGGCCCUUCGGAGUUUUGCAAAACGUCGGAGCAAGCACGUGCGCAUAUGGAUCGACAGAGCAAGGCAUUGCUGUUCGAUGAUAUAGCCCCGCGGUAUGCGUUUGGUUUCGUGCAUGUGCAAGACUGCGCUCGCAUUCAUAUCGAGGCGCUGGAUGGGAGGGUUAGAGGCGAGAACCUGCCCAAGUGGUAUGUUGCCGCUGGGACGGUGGAGGAGGGGACAGAUGGGGACAAACUCUGGAACUCUGUGGCGGACAUGAUCGAGCGAGACUUUGCGAGGGAGGUGAAGACUGGGGCGUUCAGAGUGGGACGCCAGAAGGUGCCUAUCAACAUGCCAUUCCGCGUCGAAUCAAGCAUGACGGAGAAGAUGCUGAUGAAUGGUGACAAGAUUAGGGGGUUAGAGGAUAGCGUGAGAGAGGUCGCGGAGUGGUACAUUCAACUCAAAAGAACAGAGGAGAAAGCAGAUCUGUAA